AUGGUUCUCCUUCAUUGCUUCCUAGAAGAUGUUGUGGGCCUUGAGAGGCUGAAAGACUGUGGACUGUGGGGGAAUGGCCCACAGUUCUCCUGGGAUAAAACUCAAGACAAAAGAAUCUCAGAGAAACUUCUGGACCUGUUUAUCAGCAUCUCACAGCUCAUUCACAAGAGUCAGAAUGGCUUUCCCACCAUAGUCUCCCGCAAGGAAUGGGGGGCAAAACCACUCACCUGCAGGGCCCCACUGAGACCACCUGUGGUCCUCAUCAUGGAACAGCUCACUGGGAUGGAGUGCCAGGAGCAGACCAUCUGCAGUGAGAUGCUGCGGGGCUUACAGUUCCAUCUGUCCAACAUCAAAGGCUGGUGUGGACAUGGCGUUCACUUCCUAGUUGGGGACGAUGGCAGGGUGUACGAAGGUAUUGGCUGGAAGGUCCAAGGUUCGCACACCCACGGCUACAACGAUAUCUCCCUGGGCCUUGCCUUCUUUGGUAAUAAGAUAGGCAGCAGCCCCAGCCCUGCAGCCUUAUCAGCUGCAGAGGGCCUGAUCUUCUAUGCCAUUCAGAAGGGUCACUUAUCACCCAGGUACAUUCAACCACUUCUCUUGAAAGAAGAGAUUUGCCUGGCCCCUCAGCAUCCAGGGAUGUCCAGUAAAGCUUGCCCCAGCAUCACCCCACGAUCUGCUUGGGAAGCCAGAGAGACACACUGCCCUCAAAUGAACCUCCCAGCCAAAUACGUUAUCAUCAUCCACACCGCUGGGACAAGAUGCAAUGUGUCCAUGGACUGCCUGAGUAGCGUCAGAGACAUACAGUCAUUCCACAUGGACAAACUGGACUUUUGUGACAUCGGAUAUCACUUCCUGGUGGGCCAGGAUGGUGGAGUGUAUGAGGGGGUUGGCUGGCACGUUCAAGGCUCUCACACCUAUGGAUACAACGAUAUCGCUCUAGGAAUUGCCUUCAUAGGCAACUUUGUAGAAAAGCCUCCGAAUGCAGCCUCACUGGAUGUAGCCCGGGACCUGAUCCAGUGUGCCAUGGUCAAAGGGUACCUGGACCCCAACUACCUGCUGGUGGGCCACAGUGAUGUGGCUAACCUUCUGUCUCCUGGGCAGGCUUUGUACAACAUCAUCAAAACUUGGCCUCACUUCAAACACUAA